UGUUUCUGAUGGCCAGACUCAUUCCAGAGACUCGAGCACCGAUCAAGGAAGAACAUGAGUGUGAUCUAAAAACAGAUGUGUCUGAACUCACUGAAAGAUUGAAAGACUCUGCAAUAGCACUGUGGAGUCAGACACAAAUAAGAGAUCUGCAAAAACUGCCUCAGUAUCAGCUUUUCUUCUCAGAGUGGCUCACGGCUGAACUUUGUGUACGACGCAGUCAAGAUGCACUGACAGAUACAGAGAGACAGGAGUAUGAGCAUUGGGUGUGUGAGCAGUAUUAUCUGCCCAUGCCUGUGUGUGAAGGAGGCGGUGGAGGAGAUGUUACCCGAAUCUGUGCUGACAUCAUCACUGCAGUUUUAGACCAGCAUUCACUAUCCCAGACGUCUGAAAGUUCCUCUGAACACACAGACACCUGUCUGCCUGAUCUGCUGUCUCUCUUACAGUCUGAUGUGGAGUAUGACAGCCUCUGACUGUACUGCUUCUGACUUUAUGGCCAUUUUACUUCACACGAUCAGACUUCACACCAUCAGACUUCACAGCAUCAGACUUCACAGCAUCAGACUUUACAGCAUCAGACUUUACACCAUCAGACUUUACACCAUCAGACUUCACAGCAUCAAACUUCACAGCAUCUGACUUCACAGCAUCAGACUUCACAGCAUCUGACUUCACAGCAUCAGACUUCACAGCAUCAGACUUCACAGCAUCAGACUUCACAGCAUCA